AUGUCCACAGUCUAACCGUUUGUAGGUGUGGUUUUCUGCAUGGAGUCAUCUGACAGAGUAGAAGCAGCAGAAAGACUGAAGACUCUGAGACUCUUCACCAGUGCCUGCACUCUGUGACCCAAACAUGGCCAGCAAACACUACCACGGUGCAUUUGAGAGCAAUGACCCACAGAGUCCAGUGAAGAAGAAAGCGAGGACAUGCACAGAACUAUAUGAUGAGGAGCUGAGGAUAGUGCUGGUGGGGAAGACUGGCAUUGGGAAGAGUGCCACUGGAAACACCAUUCUGGGACGACAGUGCUUUGAAUCAAAGUUCAGUGCAAAGUCGAUGACUGUAGACUGUACCAAGGGCAAAGCUGAGGUGGACGGGCAACGGGUUGCUGUUAUCGACACCCCGGGCGUGUUCGACACCAGGUUUGGCUUGGAUAAAACAAUUAAAGACAUCUGCCAGUGCAUCUCUUACGCUGUUCCUGGACCCCAUGUGUUCCUGGUGGUCAUCAGGCUGGGCAGAUACACUGAAGAGGAAAAGCAGACAGUGCAAAGGAUUCAAGAAAUCUUUGGCCAGGCUGCAGACAGACACAGCAUGGUUCUCUUUACUCAUGGAGAUCUUCUUGAAGACACAACUAUUGAGGACUUCUUGACGGAAAGCUCAGACCUGCAGGAACUUGUGGACAGAUGUAAUGGUCAGUACCAUGUCUUCAAUAAUAAGCUGAAGGAUCGCUCUCAGGUCACUGAGCUGCUCCAGAAGAUCAGAAAUUUAGUCCAGGAGAACGGAGGAAGCCACUACACCAACGAGAUGUUUAAAGACGCCGAGAGGGCAAUCGAAGAGGAGAAACAACGCAUCCUGAAAGAGAAAGAAGAGCAAAUACGCAAAGAAAAAGAGGAAAUGGAGAGAAAACUACAAGAGAAAUAUGAAAAAGAGAUGAAGGAAAUGAAUGAACAACUCCAGGCUGAGAGAGAGAGGGAGAGAAGAAAGAGAGAGGAGGAGAGGAAGAGGGAGAAGCAGGAGAUGAAUGAAGAGAGAAAGAGGGAGAAGGAGGAGAGAGAAGCAGAGAGAAAGAGAGAGAGAGAGGAGAAAGAAAGGAAAAUGAAAGACAUGAUGAAUCAAAUAAAUGAACAGCAUGACAGAGAACUGAGAAAGGAGAGAGAAAAGUUGCAGUGCAGGUAUGAAGAUGAGGCCAGAGAGGAAGCUGAGGAGUUUAAUCCAUUAUUUCCUCUGGUAGUAGCUGGUGAAGUUGUAGUUGGGGUUGGCAAAACGGUAGUUGGAGGAGUUGAACGGUUGGGAAGGGGAAUUGGAGGUUUGGGAAGGAAAAUUGCAUCCUGGUUCAAAUAAUAAGUGGUUCAGGCUUCAACAGGGGAACCCUCCAGAAUCUCCCCCACACAGGAAUAUAUGAAAUAAAAUAAAAAUGAUUUAAUCCACAGUUAAUCAGCUGUUCAAGUUAACGUUACAUCUUUACAAAACGUUUGCUUCUGUAACAUCAGAUCAGCGCUAGCUAACGUUCCUUAUUGUUAGCUAAUCUAUAAACUAAUGUUAUCUUAUUGAUGUUCAUAUCUAACAUGAUAUUGUGUUUAAAACAUGAAAUGUAUGAUACGUAUUGAAAGCAAUAUGUGGCUAAUAAUGCAAACAAUAAAACUGAUGUCAUGUCUUGGUUAUGCUAUUAGAUUAUAUAGUUUUUUAUAAUUGCUGUAUUAUCACCAUUAUUUCAAUAAAUUCUAAUAUUAUU